AUGCUCGAUAUUAAUCUCACAUUCUCAACAUUUAUUCGGCAUAUUGCAAAUGCGGAAGAAAAUGCUUUAGUUGAGAAAGGUAUCGUCAGGGAUGCCAAACCUCAACAACUUUGGUCCGAAAUCAAGAGUGAUGACGACGGUGAAGUCGACCACAAGGGCGGCCAGGGUGGCAAAGGUGGCCACAGAAGCGAUGAAUGUGCUACCCGUUCGGUUUCCAUCCUGAUUGGAUCUAGCACCUAUGCCAUUCCCUGCUUGGGAGCCGGUUCUAUCGUUGAUGUCAACGGCUUUAUUCCCAUUGCAUUUCCUUCACUUUUCCCCUCUCCAUCUCCUGAGUCUUCCUCUAUUGCUAACUCAGCUUCAUCCACCGUCUCGGAAACUACAAUAACGCCAACUACCACAUCAACGGCCAGCAUAUGCCCUAACACCCAGACCGCUUGUAGAAAUAAUGGCAUUUGCACCGACUGCACACAGGGUGGCGCAUCCCAAAACUCAAUAUGUUCUAAUGGUGUAUGCACCUGCCCCAAUGUUGACGUUGCUUGCACAAAUGGAAAUUUAGGACAAAACACCUGCUCAGCAUGUACAGAAACAAACCAAGUUUGCAAUGCCGGCAGCUGCUGUCUUCCUGACGGCAAUUUGGUUGUGCACGACUUAAUGGACUUUAAGGAAUCUUUUAUUGCGAAAGGGUUACGAGCGUCAGCGAGUAACGCGUCGCAAUAA